AUGGACUCCAUGGCGCUGCGGGAGCACCUUUCGAUAGGCCAGCUCCUGCGCGAGGCCACCUGUCGUUGGCUCAAAGGGCACGAGGUGCUUCACAUCCUGCGCAACUACAAGGCCGAAGGCUACUCGCACAACAGGGACGUCGUGACCAAGUACCGGCUCGACGGGGUCGUCUGGCGCCGCGGCCGUGACGGCAAGCGCCUGCUCGAGUGCCACGAGCGGCUCAAGGUCGACGGCGUCGAGGUGCUGCGCUGCUGCUACGUCCAGGCCGAGGCCAACCGGUCCUUCCACCGCCGCGUCUACAGCCUCCUCGGCGCCUCCUCUGCCGACGACCCCACCGUGCUCGUCCACUACCUCCAGGAGCCCACCACCAUCGACCACCACCACCCGCAGCCAGCACAACCACCACCACCGCGCCCACUGCCAACGCAGCCGCCGGCGCCGAGCGCUAGCCAGGUGGUGGACUGGGACCAGCUGGACGAGGAGCUGAUGGCCCUGGUGGCCUCGCCGCCUGCUGGGCCACCGCCCCUGCCCGGAUCGCCGUCGCCCGUCAUGAUGAUGGCGGCGAAGAGCCUCUACGGCCAGAACCAGCACCAGCACCACACGCUGCCGCAGUACUGCAAGUCGAUGGCGGCAGCUGCGACCAUUCAGGAUCUCUCGCCCGAGUGGGACUACGUCACGGGCGGAUCCAAGGUGCUCAUCACCGGCCAUUUCCCGCCCACCGCGCCCGGGACGCGACUGACGUGCAUGUUCGACGACGUGGUCGUGCCCGCCGACUUUGUGCAAGCGGGAGUACUGAGGUGCUUUGUUCCGUCGCAUGUCGCGGGCAUCGUGCCGCUGAGCAUCACGCUCGGCGACCGCACGCCGGUGAGCAAUAUCGUGCACUUUGAAUACCGCGAAUUCCAGGCGAUGGCGACGACCGCGCCCGACAAGGAGGGCGCCCCGCCUGCCUGUCCAGCCGUCGUCGCCGUCGCACCACCGACGCAGACCACGCCCACCUACGACGACACGUUCAAGGCGGACGUGCUCAAGCGGCUGGCCGCACUCGAAAGCACCAUGAGGCACGCGCCAUCGACGCCUACGUCGACAACCACCACCACCACAACAGCGCCGAUGGAGACCUGCGAGGCGCAGCAGGCGAGAGACGGCGGCGGCGGCAGCGCCGAGUACCAGAAGCUCUGGGAGGCCUUCUCCCUCCUGGUCAAGCUCGAGGGGGCGCGAGGCCCGGGCGACAGCGACCUGCGACGCAGCCGAACAAUGAGCGGAGAGGCGCCCUCGAGCGAGCGCGAGCGCGAGGAGCAGGCGGCGCUGCUGAUCCAGUCCACCUUCCGCGACUACCGGUCGAAGAAGCGGAACGAGGCGGCCAAGAAGAUCCAGAAGCUCUACCGGCAGCGCUACGCCAAGCGCAGCGGGGCCGCCACCAUGAUCCAGGCCGCCUUCCGGGGCUACACCCAAAAGAUGCGCCUCCUGCGCAUGAUGAAGAAGGCCGCGCCCACCGCUCUGCGGCGCAGGCGGCCCGAGUCAUCACAAGACGCCAACGACGAUGACGACGAUAAUGAGCAAAACGAUGAAGAGGAGGAAAAGCGCGACGACGACGGUAUCUCAGAGGAGAAGGGCAAGGAGCGAGCCGACGACCGAUGA